CAACAACAACCACUACAACUGCGGCGGCACACACAGCUGAGGAAGAAAGGCAACGGAAAAAGGAUGUCACUAACCUCAGAAGAGCUGAACUAUCUCAUCUGGAGAUACUUACAAGAAAGAGGGCUAGAGGUCUCGUCAUUGGCGCUGUUGGAUGAAACGUCUGUUUAUGACUUUGAUACUAAGUACGGUAAACAAGUGCCCAUGGGCUCGUUGGUGAACUUGGUACAGAAGGGGAUACUGUACUCGCUAACUGAUCAGCUGAUUGAGCCGAAUGGUAGAGAUAAAGGUGUUGUCAGUUUCAACAGCGACAAGAUAAAUCUGUUCAACGCUUUGGGUGUUGACAUUGCGCUGAACGGUGUUGAGCCAAAUAGAGAAAGAGUUGGAGAAAACGGUAACGGUAGCGGUAGCGGUAGCAGUGGUGGUGACGCCAACCGCGGUGGGAACAGCGUAAGUGACGGUAAGGAUGUAAACAUGGAUAAGGACGGUGAUAGGGAGAACUCACCAGGGUUCAUCAAAAUACUACAGAAGAAACUUGGAUUCGGUGAACCAACGCUGUCGUUGUCAACAAAUCCAAAGUCGUCGAGUGUGCUGGCGUAUGGAUUGACAGAGGCAAGGGCGAAGAUUAAAGUGCUGUACCAAGGAGAGGAGAAGACGGUGCUUUUGAACCAUCCAUUAAAGACCUUUACAGAUAGAAACAUAAAUUCUGGUGAUGUCUGCUCAUUGGCCUGGUCACCAAAUGGCGAUUUACUCAUUACCGCAGUGGAAAGCGGUGAGUUGAGAUUGUGGUCUGCUGAUGGUAAGCUACGAAAUGUUAUGGUUCAACACCAGUCACCAGUGGUGCUUAUAGAAUGGAGUCCCGAUGGCAGUUCAAUAUUGACCACAGACACAACUAACGUCUCUAUUAUUUGGGACUCACUGUCAGGUCAUGUUAAACAGACCAUUGAUACUCUGAAGCCUGACACUACACUGACAACGCCUACAGGUCAGGACCAGAUAGUUGCAUUGGGUGUUGAUUCCACGUGGAUUGACGACUCAAAAUUCAUCAUUCCUGGGUUCAACGGUUCUGCCUUGGUUUUCGAGCUGGGUCAACACUCACCAAUUGGUACGCUAAUUGGCCAUUCCAAGGCAAUAUCUGUAAUGAAGUUCAACUCAAACAAUAAGUUGUUGUUAACCGCAUCUGAUGAUCGUUCCAUGAGAAUAUGGGAUGGUGGCAAUUUCAACAGUACACACGUGUUAUUGGGACACUCACAACCUAUAACGUUCGCAGACUGGCUGAAUGAUAAGUUGAUCCUAAGUUGUUCUCUAGAUGCCACUGUCAGGGUAUGGGAAGCAUUAACCGGCCAACAAAUAACCAUGGAAUUCACCGAUGGAGUACCGAUAUUGUUUGCGUCAUUAUCGCCUAAUGGGGGUGAAAAAUUGGCUAUUGGAACUACAGAGAGUGUUGUUACGAUUUAUGACAUUGUCAUGGGAGAUAGAAGUGUAAAGAUCAACGCAGUGGCACAGUAUCAACCAGACGUACCUGAAGGUGAGGACGAAAACUACAUGACGAGUUUAGAUUGGAGUAUCACAGGAGAUGUUGUCAUUGCCGGUUAUUCAAAGGCUGAAAGUGUGAUAAUUGGUGUAUAACCUGUACAUAUGUGUGUGCUUCGUUGUUCUUUUGUAUUAUAAACAAUGAUGAAUCAUCAUUAUCACGGAGCAGG